GUAAAAUUCAAAGCUGCGACUCAAACCGUUCAGUCAGUCCAGUCUGCUUCAUGCGGAUUAGUUCUUCUGGUUAGGGUUUAUUGGGAAUAAAUUUGCCUUUUUUGUACGGCGUGCAGAGAUGUCGUGGGAUUUUAUUGUACCGGUUUGUUUGGACGAUCUCGUGAAGUCUGGUGCUGUUAACCAGUAUGUGGUUCAGGAUGUGCUGUCAGCUAAACAGCUUCCCUCUCACAUCAACAGUUUUAAAGCAGCACUGAGAAGUCAAGGGCCCCUGUGCAUCCUGGAACAUUUUGACACCGCAUACAGUGUUUUGAAACAUUGUCGCACAGUGGAUGUGGCAGUGAAAGAAGACACGCUGGAGUUGCUGAUACAAGUGGUCAGAGGCCUGUCGGUUUCCCUGCCGACCCUUCUUUUGUCAGGCUCUUUAUCAGCCGUGGACCGCAAACAGCAGCUCAAUACUGUGAAGAUGAGUGUUUUUCUUCUUUGCAAACUCACAGAAACACUUGAGAGUGACUCAUACAGGGAGACCAUCGUCGCGGCACCCAGCAAGGGUCGCAAGAAGGAUAAAGUUGCCGGAAAAGGUCUCCUGCAGUGGGACAGUGAGAGAGAGAAAGUUCUUCAGUGUUUGACUCAACUGCUGCAGCUGGACAUUCGCACACUGUGGAGUCUGUCUCUAGUGGAGGAGGAGUUUGUCAGCUGUGUGACAUGCUGUUGCUAUAAACUCCUGGAAAACCCCACCAUAAGCCACGUGAAGAGCAAGUCCACCAGAGAUGCCAUCAUUCAUGUGCUAGGAAUCAUGGUGAAGAAAUACAAUCACAUGUUGGGAGCAUGUGUGAAGGUGAUUCAGCUCUUGCAGCACUUUGAGCAGCUGGCGUCAGUAUGUGCUCAAGCUGUGGCUGCCUGGAGCUCAGAGUACGGGGUCAAGGCCAUCGUCGGAGAGAUCAUGAGAGAGAUUGGUCAGAAGUCAAGUGAGGAACUAGCCAGAGAAGGUUCAGGUGUGAAAGCUUUUUCCAGCUUUUUGUCUGAACUCAGUACUCUGGUACCCGAAACCAUGAUCCCCAACAUCAGUGUUCUCCUUACACACCUGGAGGGAGAGAGUCCCAGCCUGCGGGUGGCUGUGUGUGAGGUUCUCGGUGAGGUUCUUGUCCGGGUUUUGUCUGGUGAUAAGCUGGGUGAUUCUGCUCGUGCAAGUCGAGAUCGUUUCCUGGACACGCUGCAGGAGCACAUCCAUGAUGCCCACUCACAUGUCCGAGCACGUGUGCUACAGGUCUAUGCACGCAUUGUCAACAGCAAGGCCUUGCCGUUGUGCAGGUACACUGAAGUUAUGGAGCUGACCGUUGGGCGUCUGGGUGAUAAGUCUGUCCAUGUGUGUAAGAGUGCUAUCCAGCUGCUGGCUGCCUUCAUUGCUCAUAACCCUUACAGCUGCAAGUUGAGCAGUGUGGACCUGAAAAAGCCCCUGGAAAAAGAGAUGGCCAAAUUAAAAGAGAUGAGAGACGCUCAGAAAGAGCAAAUGCUCGUUGCAGUCAUCACAGCAGCUGAUCUUUGGGAUGCGAUGAAGCCUGAGGUAGAGAUGACUGUGAAAGCACAACUGGAGCCUGGCAGUGAGGAAGAGGAGGAUGAAAAAGAGGAGCAGACAGAGGGAAGGGAGGAGAGAAGCGACAGAGACACUGCUUUACAAAUCGCACAGUUUCUCCGGGAAAGCAAAUACAGGAAAGCUGUUGGUCUGUGCAUGCGGGCUCACUCCCUGUUCCCAGAGUCAUCAUUUUUCACAGAUCUGGCCGUCUUAAAUGCAGAAACCCUCAUCAACACACUUGCAACACUUUUCAAGGGUCCAGAGCAGGAGACAACUGAAGCCAUGUCAAGCGAUGCUCCACCCACCCCACAAAAAGAGGGUGGAGGGAAUGAAGGUGGAGAGAGUGAACUGAAGAAGCAGGAGAUGUUGGUUCAGUACUUGAAAGACACAGAGAGCUUCGCUCUACAAGUAGAAAGAGCCAUCGCUGUCAUUAACAACAUGCUGUACUGGAAAACCACUACAGUUGUGCAGGAGGCCGUGCAGUUCUGUGUCACAGCAUUUGAGUUUAGUGUGGCCGACUCCGUGUGUGGAGUCAGAAAGAUGCUGCCUCUUGUCUGGUCCACUGAUGUCACAAUCAAAGAUACCGUCAUCCAGGCUUACAGGCGCCUGUACCUCAACCCCCCCGGUGACAACACCAGGGCAAAGGCUCAGACUCUAGUGGAUAAUCUGUCAGAUCUGAUGAUCGAUGCUUCAUUGGGGACCGUCCAGUGUCUGGAGGAGAUUGUCCAGGAGUUUUUCAGCAGUGAGAGUGCCCUGCAGACUUCAGUGGUGCAGGUUUUGUGGGAGAGGUUCUCUGGUAAACGAGAGACUAAAGCACUUCACAGGAGAGCUGCAGUGCUAUUGCUGGGCAUGGCAGCACGGUGAGACACUCAACUCUUAAUGCUU